AGAGAGAACGGAGAAUGGGAGGGUGAGAGGCUGGCUGCUAGAGAAGAGGAGGAGAGCAGAGGGAGAGGGGGAGCAAGCAAUCUAGCGCUCCAAGCAUGAGGACCGGCUGCUCCCGGCUCAGUUAAUCUGGCUGUCAGUCGGUGUUAACGCUGCAGUUUAACUGCUCGGCUCCCCUUCCGAGAGAAACAAGAGAAACCUUGUAGAGGGAAAGGAAGAAGGAAAGAAGCAAGCAAAGAACUGCAACUGCAGAAGGAAAAGAGCCGGCAGAGCAGCAAGAAGAAUCAAAGGAAGGGGAGGGAAGACCAAAAUCUAUGGUUGGACCAGGGCUUCUUUUUCGCCAAUGUAAAAAGGAAUAUGCCGUACAUCUUUGCCUUUUUCUGCACCGGUUUUCUAGGUGCGGUUGUGGGUGCCAAUUUCCCCAACAAUAUCCAGAUAGGGGGAUUAUUUCCAAACCAACAAUCGCAGGAACAUGCAGCUUUUAGGUUUGCUUUGUCACAACUCACAGAGCCCCCCAAGCUGCUUCCCCAGAUCGAUAUUGUGAACAUCAGUGACAGCUUCGAGAUGACUUACCGAUUCUGUUCCCAGUUCUCCAAAGGAGUCUAUGCCAUCUUUGGGUUUUAUGAACGAAGGACUGUCAACAUGCUGACCUCCUUCUGUGGGGCCCUCCAUGUGUGCUUCAUCACUCCAAGCUUUCCCGUUGACACAUCCAAUCAGUUCGUCCUUCAGCUGCGCCCGGAACUACAGGAAGCUCUCAUUAGCAUCAUUGACCAUUACAAGUGGCAGACCUUUGUCUACAUUUAUGAUGCUGACCGGGGCCUGUCAGUCCUGCAGAGAGUCUUGGAUACAGCUGCAGAGAAGAACUGGCAGGUGACGGCUGUCAACAUUCUGACGACCACAGAAGAAGGGUACCGGAUGCUCUUCCAGGACCUGGAGAAGAAAAAGGAGAGGCUUGUGGUUGUGGACUGUGAAUCAGAGCGCCUCAAUGCCAUCCUGGGCCAGAUUGUGAAGCUGGAAAAGAAUGGCAUCGGUUACCACUACAUCCUUGCCAAUCUGGGCUUCAUGGACAUUGACUUAAAUAAGUUCAAGGAGAGUGGGGCCAACGUGACAGGUUUCCAGUUGGUGAACUACACAGACACCAUUCCAGCCAGAAUCAUGCAACAGUGGAGGACCAGUGAUGCUCGAGACCACACCAGGGUUGACUGGAAGAGGCCAAAGUACACAUCUGCUCUCACCUACGAUGGUGUGAAGGUGAUGGCCGAGGCCUUCCAGAGCCUGCGGAGGCAGAGGAUUGACAUAUCCCGCCGGGGAAAUGCAGGUGACUGUCUGGCUAACCCUGCUGUGCCCUGGGGCCAAGGGAUCGACAUCCAGCGAGCCCUGCAGCAGGUACGAUUUGAAGGUUUGACCGGAAACGUGCAGUUUAAUGAGAAAGGGCGCCGGACCAACUAUACCCUCCACGUGAUUGAAAUGAAGCAUGAUGGAAUCCGAAAGAUUGGUUACUGGAAUGAAGACGAUAAAUUUGUCCCUGCAGCCACCGAUGCUCAAGCUGGAGGGGACAACUCCAGUGUCCAGAAUAGAACCUACAUCGUCACUACAAUCCUCGAAGAUCCUUAUGUGAUGCUUAAAAAGAAUGCCAACCAGUUCGAGGGCAAUGACCGCUAUGAGGGUUACUGUGUGGAGCUAGCUGCGGAGAUCGCCAAGCAUGUGGGCUACUCCUACCGACUCGAGAUCGUCAGUGACGGCAAAUACGGAGCCCGGGAUCCAGACACAAAGGCCUGGAAUGGCAUGGUGGGAGAGCUGGUCUAUGGAAGAGCCGAUGUGGCAGUUGCCCCCUUGACCAUCACCUUGGUACGGGAGGAGGUUAUUGACUUCUCCAAGCCAUUCAUGAGUUUGGGAAUCUCCAUCAUGAUUAAGAAGCCACAGAAGUCCAAGCCUGGUGUCUUCUCCUUUCUUGACCCUUUGGCCUAUGAGAUCUGGAUGUGUAUUGUAUUUGCCUACAUCGGAGUGAGCGUCGUCCUCUUCCUGGUCAGCCGUUUCAGCCCCUAUGAAUGGCACAGUGAAGAGUUUGAAGAGGGGCGAGACCAGACAACCAGUGACCAGUCGAAUGAGUUUGGCAUAUUCAACAGCCUGUGGUUCUCUCUGGGGGCCUUCAUGCAGCAAGGAUGUGACAUUUCUCCCAGGUCCCUGUCUGGGCGCAUUGUCGGCGGCGUCUGGUGGUUCUUCACUUUGAUCAUCAUCUCCUCAUACACAGCCAACCUGGCGGCCUUCCUGACUGUGGAGAGGAUGGUGUCUCCCAUCGAGAGUGCAGAGGACCUGGCAAAGCAGACGGAAAUUGCUUAUGGGACAUUGGAAGCAGGUUCCACUAAGGAGUUCUUCAGGAGAUCUAAAAUCGCUGUAUUUGAGAAGAUGUGGACAUACAUGAAGUCUGCAGAACCAUCUGUGUUUGUUCGGACCACAGAGGAGGGCAUGAUCAGAGUGAGAAAAUCUAAAGGCAAAUAUGCUUACCUCCUGGAGUCCACCAUGAAUGAGUACAUUGAGCAGCGCAAGCCUUGUGACACCAUGAAAGUAGGAGGUAACUUGGAUUCCAAGGGCUACGGCAUUGCAACACCCAAGGGGUCUGCCCUGAGAAAUCCAGUAAACCUGGCAGUGUUAAAACUGAACGAGCAGGGGCUUUUGGACAAAUUGAAAAACAAAUGGUGGUACGACAAGGGCGAGUGCGGCAGCGGGGGAGGUGACUCCAAGGACAAAACAAGUGCUCUGAGCCUCAGCAAUGUGGCAGGCGUAUUCUACAUCCUGAUUGGAGGGCUGGGACUGGCCAUGCUGGUUGCCUUAAUCGAGUUCUGCUACAAAUCACGUAGCGAGUCGAAGCGGAUGAAGGGUUUCUGUUUGAUCCCACAGCAAUCCAUCAAUGAAGCCAUACGGACGUCGACCCUCCCCAGAAACAGUGGGGCGGGGGCCAGUGGAGGAGGCGGCAGUGGAGAAAAUGGCCGGGUGGUCAGCCAGGACUUCGCCAAGUCCAUGCAAUCCAUUCCCUGCAUGAGUCACAGUUCAGGGAUGCCACUGGGAGCCACAGGAUUGUAACUGGAGCUAACAGGAACCCUUUGGGGAGCAGGCUCAGGCUCCCCUGUCCCAUCCUAUGCCCUUCAGUGCCAAAAACAACAACAAAAUGAAACACCACCUCCAACCACCACGACCAUAUG